AUCUUCGUCGCUUAUAUUAUGACCUGUCUGUGUGGCAAGUGCCGUAAAACUAUUACUAUAAUUUUCUUAUGCUUCUAUGUGUUCUUUUUAUUUCAGGUGUUCUUGCUGUGUUGUCUAUUGGUUUCUUAGAAAGCUUCCGAAAUGACGUCGCAGCAUUUUGGUUGUCCUGCAUCCCUUUUGUGUUCCCUUUUAUCACAGGUGUGGCCAUAGCCUACAGGAAACAACUGGCAAAUGUUGGUCUUCACUUGGCCUUACUGUUUGCUACAUCCUUGACUGGUGGGGCGGGCUAUGGUUACUCCAUACAGCCCGUCUACUUCGAAAGACACAACUGCACACAAGUGAGCACUGACCGAGGUAGCUGCGACAAGGAGGCUCUGGUGUACAUCUACGUCAUCGCCGGCGGGAUUGCCUGUGGGUUCGCAGCCCUGGGCAUUCUGGUCACCUGCUGCACCUGCUCCAGUGCUUCGGUAUGUCCGGCUUGGGUGGCCGCUGGGGAUUUGGUCAUGGGUGUUGACAAACUUCCGUUCGUGAAAAUUGUGAAAUUAUAA